GCAGCCGUCAGUGCCGUGACAAACGUCGGCGCAUCCACUCCCAGCCGUCGUUCGGCUGAAACGCUACCAAACGUUUACAAAAUAUAAACAAUAGGUAUUAUAGAGCGGCUAUGCACCACGCCGACAAGUGUUUAGUAAACUUUAGUGUUGUGACAGCGAUAGUUUUUACUUUAACUUGUGCCGUUUAAUAGAACGAAAACAUCGCAGUUCGCCGGGUCCAAAAAGCGAAGAAACAUGGCGAUGAAAGAGUGGCUGCAAUGGCUCCCACCGCCACGGUCCCUGCUAGCCCUGCUAAUCGCAAUUGCAGGUUUCAGCGGCCGUCUAUUCGCAGCACAUGUGACGCACUCGCCGACUCUACUCGUGGACACGUGCCAUUCCCUGUGCAGGCUCGUUGGCUUAAUUACCACAUUACUAAGUUAUAAGUACGAAAGAGCUGACGAGGGAGCCGGGCGGGAAGGUCGACUGCGGAACACAUUUGGAUGGGCUCGCAUCGAAGUUGUUGGGCGGCUGUCCAUUCACGUGCUGUUCGCUUCAUUCACUCUGGCCCUCGUCGUGAAUGCCUUGCAACUAGGCGUACACUCCUCCCACGUGCAACCGCCUAAGUACCCGAGAGUGAUAGUGGGCAGUGCUGUAAUUGGGCUAAUGUUACAUGCUAUCAACUACAUGUUGCUUGCUGGUCGGGAACUGAGCUACAGCCGGCGAUUGAGUAUGACAGAAGGAGGGGAAGUGGUAUUGAAGACUGGCUCAGCGGAGCCCGUGCUUGCUCAUGCACCCACCGACAUUGCAAGUAGUCUAUUUGUGAUGGGAGCGGGGUUGACACUGGAAUGGGAGCCUGUAGCAGCAAGGAUCGCUGACCCGGCGCUAUCCGCCUCUGCUGCCAUCAUUCUUGUGAUCUUCAAUUACCCAUUCAUGCGCUCCGCGGGAUUGGUUCUAUUGCAAACAGUGCCUGAAGGUUUAGGCGCCUGCGAUUUGCGUGCUGCUGCGCUCAAAGUUCCCGGAGUUCUUGCCAUACACGAGUUACACGUCUGGCAACUGCAUCGGGACCGGCUGGUUGCCACUGCUCACGUCUCCUACGACUCACAUGAGGCUUAUAUGAGAAGUUCUGGACUAGUUUGCGACAUUUUCAAGCGCUAUGGAAUUGGGCUGGUAACACUUCAGCCCGAAUUUACGCUGGCUACAAUCACUGGCACAGAAGAGGAAAAGAAAAUGCUAGUAGAUUUCGCAAACGUCGCCUGCUCCUGCCCUUGCGCUAAGGAAUGCACGGCGCCGCGCUGUUGCCAGGCACCUCGAAAACCUUCCAUUACUCGUAUUUGAUGAAGUUUUAACAGCUUUGUUUGAAUGCCAUCUUGAACGUUCGAAACAUGUUUGGGAUGUUAUGCAUGUUAAGAAUACAUAUUCUUAUUUUAAUUAACGUUCCCAAACUGGCACAAUAACAUUUUGUUAGAUUUAAGUAGGUAUAUGAUUCUGUAUAAAAUUAAACCGCAAGAUAGCGUACUCUAAGGUCUAGGCCACCUACAAUUAAUAGUCAAUAUUAUUGACAAGAUCCAGUAUAUUGUCAAUAAUAUUGACGUGUGUUAGGUGAGCAUUAGGUUUAAAAUGGCACAGAAACAAACCGCGCAAGGAACGACAAACCGCGCGGCCAGUUUUGACAGUGCGGGCUUAUCAUUAUAUUCUACAGUACUACAUAAUAUAUAUAACUCUCCCUAGCAGAGCCUCAGUCCGAGGCACGCCAACAAGCCGGCGUUACGCUGUUUUAUUUUGCCAAGAUCACUUGAUUACUCAUUUUUUUAAAGAUAGUUCUUUUUUAAAAUGACGGUACAGAUUAUCGAUCGUCGAAAUCGAACUUUGAUAAGUAUUGUACAAAUCUAAUAGUAAGGCCACUGAUGGCCAUACAAUACCAAGUUUUUUAUUAUUGACCUUUAAUUUUACAAAAAAAUGGAUACAGGGUAUAUGUGCUCAUUUUUGGACAAUUGCGUAUAUUAAUAUGAUUGUGAGAGUAUUUUUAAGACAAAACAUAUUUAAUAGAAGAAAGCUAUGAUAACUAUGAUAAAAAUAUUUUUCUAACUGUACUUUAAGCUAUACUGCCGUGCUAACGAAAAGAGCGAAUUUUUGACAUUUUAAAACACAGUUUCAGAGUUGACCUCCUGCAAAAGGAGCUAGUGAACUAGCUAGCUAGCUAGCUAGCUAGUUCACUCUUCCUCUACCUACGUAUUUUGCUCUAUUUUUCGGAAACCAGAAACGGAAAGACAUGGAAAAUGACGAGUAAGAUACGUAGGUAGAGCAAAGGUAGGAGAAGUCUGAAAGUCUGUUUGAAAAAGCAAAAUCUCCCGUGUUACACGGCGUUUUAUAACAUAGUAAAUUUUAAAAGCUCAAACGUAUUUUAUUUUGAUCAUAUUUUAAAUAGAUAUCUAGGUUAGCUAGUUAUAAGUAAGAAUAAGUUAUUUCAAGUUGUAAUUCUAAUACAAAAACAAAAUCAGUACAACCAAAGAACAUUCGAAAACUAGACCGGCAGCUUAUUAGUUUUAUUUUAAAAUAGAAAUAGUGAAAGUUGAUUAAUGUUUUUUAAGUUGCGUAGGUAUCGAGUUUCACUUUAGUUUUUGAGGGAAAUGCUGUUUUUAAUUCGGUAAAAAGUAUUUUUGUGAACCAAAAUAGUAUAAUGCGAAAAAAUUUUGCCCAGAUACAAACUCCUUAAGUGUUACGAGUUUUUUUUUUUAUAUGUAGCUACUUAUUAAUAAUACGUAUCUAACCUAACCUAACUGACUCGUUGGCCAAGGAUUCUCUUAGACCAUUCCUUAAAUGAGAGUGAACAAAGGUGAGACUGCAGUGCGGAAACUAAAAUUAUUGUAUCCAAAAAUGCUGAAAUGGAGACAGCUUUCACAACUGACACCUAGGUACUGAAAGCCGGUUGGUCCCGGAAAAGUAAUUUCGAAUUCCACUCUUAGUUACAGGGAAAAAUGCGUUUAAGCAAACAAAAAAAUAUCAAACUCUUCAGAUUUAUCAUUUUAAAUAGAUAGAUAUAGAUUUUAAUUAAGGCUCCGCUAAUUAGUAAAAUAGAUGCGACAAUACGGACUUAAACAGUAAUAUUAUAUAUGCAGGAAACAAUCAAUAAAAACCUCAAUUUUGUCUCAACAAUUUUUUUUUGGUUAGGUUAGUUAAAUAACUUUAAGUCAAACCAUCUACCAAUAUUAGAUAUUUAUAAAUAUAAAAUGAAAACAAAAUGAAAACAGAAUGUUAAUAUAAUAUAUUAUAAUCUGUAACAUGUAAUAUAAUAAAUAUACCCGCUGAAAUUCCCGAUAGGUUACCUUCCGGGUACUUUGAAAUAUUAAUAAGUAUGUUAUGAUUUUUUAUUUUUUUAUUAUUACUAUUAACUAUUAAGUUUAGUUUUGAGGAAAAUACAUUAUAAUUCGUCUAAUUAAUUGUGAUGUUCCUAGACAGUAUUAUGUGACAAAUAUAAAGCGACGGUAACAUUAUUCAGUGCCUAACUAAUAACUGUAACAUUGUUGACAAAUUAUAUGAUAAGCAGUGUACAAAGUUUUGUUGACUAUUAAUUAAUGUAAUAUAAAUAAAGUAUUUUAA